CUGGAUCCCAGUUCUGGAUCCCUUCACUGGAUCCUGGAUCUGGGUCCCAGCCAUGGAUCUCUUCAACAGAUCCCAGUUCUGGAUCUCCCCACUGGAUCCCGGUUCUGGAUACCAGUUCUGGAUCCCUUCACUGGAUCCCGGUUCUGGAUCCCGGUUCUGGAUCCCUUCACUGGAUCCCGGUUCUGGAUCUUCUCACUGGAUCCCGGUUCUGGAUCUUCUCACUGGAUCCCGGUUCUGGAUCCAGCACCCGGUCCCAGUUCUGGAUCCCGGUUCUGGAUCCCAUCACUGGCUCCUGGUUCUGGAUCUCCUCACUGGAUCCCAGUCCUGGCUCCCGGUGCUGGAUCCGCUUGGGAUCCCGGAUUGUCCCGCAGGAUCCCGCGUUCCUGGAUCGCCGUGAGCUGUCCCAAAUCUCUCCAAACUGUCCCCAAACCUCUCCAGGCUCUCGGCGCACUCCCAAUCCCUCCAAGGCAGUCUGGGAUCACCUGGGGCUGCCCUGGAUCACCUGGAGCCAUCCUGGAUCACCUGGGGCCAUCCUGGAUCACCUGGGGCCAUCCUGGAUCACCUGGGGCCAUCCUGGAUCAGUCCUGGAUCACCUGGGGCCACCCCAAACUCCUCCAGGCGGAUCCCAGAUCCUCGGGAUCGCUCAGAUCUGCCCGUGGUGCGCCAGGAUGGCACAGGAGCGCUGGGGCCAUCCUGGAUCAGUCCUGGAUCACCUGGAGCCAUCCUGGAUCACCUGGAUCAGUCCUGGAUCAGCUGAGGCCAUCCCAAACCCACGGAUGGAUCCAGGCGGAUCCCAAACUCCCCGAAUCUCUCAGAUCUGCUCGUGGCGCGCCUCGUAGCGCGCCAGGAUGGCGCGGAAGCGCUGGGGCUGUCCUGGAUCAGUCCUGGAUCACCUGGGGCCAUCCUGGAUCACCUGGAGCCAUCCCAAACCCCUCCAGGCGGAUCCCAAACUCCCCAAAUCCCUCAGAUCUGCCCGUGCCGCACCAGGAUGGCACAGGAGCGCUGGGGCUGUCCUGGAUCAGUCCUGGAUCACGUGGGGCCAUCCUGGAUGAGUCUUGGGUCACCUGGAUCAGUCCUGGAUCACCUGGGGCACUCCUGGAUCACCUGGAGCCAUCCCAAACCCCUCCAGACAGAUCCCAAACCCCUCCAGGAUCCCAGGAUCGCUCAGAUCUGCCCGUGGCGCGCCUCGUAGCGCGCCAGGAUGGCACAGGAGUGUUGGGGCUGUCCUGGAUCAGUCCUGGAUCACCUGGGGCCAUCCUGGAUGAGUCUUGGAUCACCUGGAUCAGUCCUGGAUCACCUGAGGUCACCCCAAACCCCUCCAGGCAGAUCCCAAACCCCUCCAGGAUCCCGGGAUCGCUCAGAUCUGCCCGUGGCGCGCCUC